AUGGAUACGCUGCUAUUCUCCUCGAUCAUCAGUGGAUUGGCGAAAGCGAAACAUGAGAAUCGCUCCGCCGAGUGUAUCCGUCUGUUCGAGUCGAUGCCCAACGCCAAGGAGCUGAUGAACUCGACCGUCUUCUACAACAUGCUCAGCUGCUACCCGCCAGAGAGAACCAUCUCGUUCUGGAGUGAGGUGGCACGUGAUCGUCCAGAGCUCUUCCAGUCGGUCUUUGAAAAGGAUCCCUAUUUCUAUAAUAUUCUGAUUCUCUCGAUGCUCAAAGAGGAGAAGAUCGCCGAGGCAUGGGCAAUCUUCCAGUUCCUCACUCGUCAGAAACAAGCCAACUCUGAGACCUACUAUCCCAUAGUCAAGUAUCUCUGUAAGCGAGCAUCGACACCCUCCGCCUAUAACAGCUGUCGUGAGAUAUUGAACUCCUCCUACUUCCAACUCAUUAAAAUCGAUCAACUUCCAUUCUGGCGAAGUAUAUUCCAACAUCUCAUCGACGAAAAUGACUACACCAAUUUAGUAUCGACCAUCGAACUUUUCAAGAGUUGCACUACCAAUCAUUUAUCACCACAUUUCGCUCAACUUUAUCCAUAUCUAAGUUCAAAAGAUCCAAAAACAGCUGAUUAUUUAUUAAAUAAAUAA